UCACAGAGAGAGAGAGAGAGAGAGGAGAGAGAGAGGAGACAGAAAGAAAGCGAGGAUAACGAGCGAGCAGAGAGAGAGCAGAGAGAGAGCAGAGAGAGGAGAGAGGAGAGGGAGAGAGAGAGAGAGGAGAGAGCAGAGUGAGAACAGAGAGAGAGAGAGAGAGAGGAGAGAGGAGAGGGAGAGAGCAGAGAGAGAUAGAGGCGAGAGCAGAGAGAGAGUAGAGAGAAAGCAGAGAGAGGUGAGAGAGAGAGAGCAGAGAGAGAGAGAGAGAGCAGAGAGAGAGCGAGAGCAGAAAAAGGGAGAGAGACAGCAGAGAAAGAGAGGGGCACAGUUUGCUCCUGCAGCGCUGCAAGGACAGACUGCACUGACAGAGGGGACACACACAGCCCAGCCUGAAGAGAGACAUGUCUACAUAACAGGACCAUCAGCACACUAAUCAUUUCUGGACACUGACAGCAACACAGAACACAAAUAGAUGCCAAGGACUAGCCCCUCAAAACAACCUCACCAUCACAGUGAGGGAGGUCACAGUUUGAAGGUGGAACAGUUUGAAGACGGACAACGUAAAGUUGAAGGAAGACAUUUGUUCUGGAAGAGACCAACUAAAACAGGAGUAAUCAACAGUAUCAUCUACUCUCUGCGAUCUAUCUCUUGGAAGUGAAAAGGAGAGACUUUACAGUACAGGGCACUGGGCUGUGCUGCUCUGUCUUAAACACUCAUACCCUUCUGUGCUGCUUCUGCUGCUACUGCUGUUCCAAACCAGGCUACAUCAGACAGAGGUACGCUGAACGUAGCAGCUCUGCUCUACACUCUAGCUAGCUGUACUGCACUGACUGACUGGUUGACUGACUGGUUGGACUGACUGACCAUGAGUGAGUCGAAGAAGGGUGAUCUGGCUAUCCGGGAUAAAGCCAUCCAAGGCCAGCAGAGGCGUCUGAAGCAGGCCACCCAGUUCACACACAAAGACUCAGCCGACCUGCUGCCCCUGGAUGGGCUCAAGAGACUGGGCACCUCCAAAGAUCUGCAGCCCCACAGCAUCGUGCAGCGCCGCCUCAUGGCGGCAAACAUCCCACAACUGCGUGGCGAGACCCACGUGGGGAGACCCUCGCCCCUGGUCGACAGCAAGGAGGGGGGCGCCGGCGACGCAGAGGAGAAGAGCGAGAGCACGGCUGACGACUCCACAGAGGAGAGGGAUUCGCCGGAGGAGAGCGAGAGGAGCCUAGAGACAAGGUCGGACGAGGAGGAGGACAGCAGCGAGGCCGCAGGGAAGACAAGCAGCACAGCUGGGAACCAUAAAACAGAGGAGGGGAGGAAGGAGAGUCCUCUCACUGCCCUGCUGGUCCAGUGCAAGUGCUGUGACACUGAGGUGAAGGCUUCCAUCAACACCGGGAGUCAACACAACCGCAUCUCCAGCUCCUGCUGCAGGAGGCUUGGAUUGCUUCCUACCCAGGAAGGUCCACCCUGUGAGCAGACAGAGGGCCAGGGCUCUGUGAGGGGCCUGCAGCUGCAGCUGGGCAGACAGAGUGUCCAGUGCUCUGCCCACGUCACCGAGGAUGAGGUGUUUGAGCUGUGCCUGGGUCUUCAGACUCUGCAGGAAAUCAAAUGCUGUGUGGACCUGAGCAGUAGAGUCCUAAAGCUCCAGGGCUCAGGGGAGGAGCUGCCUUUCCUGGAGCCGCCAUUGGUCAGCCAGUACCAUCACCAAGACAGCAAUGAGAACCUGUGACCCUGGCGGGUCACAACCUCCCAGCCGUCCCACACCCUCCUCUGAUUGGCUGGCGCUGUAAAAACAUGAUGCAGUCUGGGUCUGGACUGUCCAACCAGUGUCUCGCACUGCCAGAAACAUGGUUGAGCACCCCAAUUCUCUUCAGUUUACACCAUUGUGUUUGUUUCUGUGGAAUUAAGGCAUUACCAUGAUGUUACUGCUGUAUUGAAUUAGCCUAGUUUAUGGAGCGGAUGGAGCUCAAGAUUUGGGACGAUUCUAUGUAACAAUCUUCAUAAUUAUCUACUUAAUCAAGGUUUUUUUUUAAUGUCAGACAGUGCAUCAUUGUUCAAUACACUCUUGGAAAAAAAGGAAUCCAAAAUGGUUCUUUGGCUGUCCCCAUAGGAGAACCCUUUCUGGUUCCAGGUAGAACUCUUUUGUGUUCCAUGUAGAACCCUCUUUGUAAAGAGUUCUACAUCGAUCUCAAAAGGGUUCUACCUGGAACCAAAAAGGGUUCUUCAAAAAGUCCUUUUUUCCUAAGAGUCUACUGAAACAUACUGAGGAGUCAGACGAUGAUUAUCAUUUGAAAUGAACAUAUUGUGAUUUGGAAGUAUAAAAUAAUUUACGUUGAUCAUCAAUUAAAUGCCAAAACUGUUUAAAAUCAAAAUCAGUUCAGCCUUGAGGAAACAAUUAUAUCUCCCUCACAUCCCAUUACAGAGAGAUAGUCUCCUACAUGUCCUAUCAUACGUGCUCAAGAGAAACGGUGAAAAACCAGGUCUUAUGAGACCUUUGAAUCUGCCUGUUAAAAAAAUCUCAUUGAGAGUCAGGACAGACAGGGAAUUCUGGAAGAGAUGUGAGGAGACUACUGCUAUUCCUGAACUAACUUCCUUCAGCCAAGUGAAGACUCUCUCUCUCUCUCUCUCUCGUCUAUUUUCCCAAAUGAAGAGUGCUCCUAAGAAUGUCACAAUGACCCACAUCAAAACUAUUUCUCAAUAAUUCCACUUAAAUGUCAAUAGAGUCCUGGAGCUAGAUGUGUGUGUCAGACGGACAGCACAGCAAAGAGAUACAAACAGUCCAUAAUUCUGCAAGAUUUUUUGUUGAAGUCUGGAUGUUAGUGUUCCUGUGAGAGUGUGUCAGUGUGUGUGACUUGGAGAUGUGCGAGUGUGUGUACGGACUGGUAGAUGUGUGUGUGUGUGUGUCUGUGUGUUGGAUGCAUGUCAAUCAAGGAGGGGCUUUUCUGUUUUGAUAUGGUUAGUGGCUAGUGUUUCACAUGGGAAAGAAAAAGGGAUGAGUUCUAUUUACUUCUCCUCCUCCUCCCAGCUCCUCCUCCUCCUCCCAGCUCCUUCUACUCCUCCCAGCUCCGGUCAGAGGGAGUUGCCAAGACGCAGCCGACCCCAGCUGCCUUCCUUCCCUUGUCUUCUUCAGGGGACAUUAAUCACUCUGCUCCGAGGCUGCUCUCUGGGCCAAGGCCCUCAGAUGUUUGUUUAAGCAUAUUCUCUCUCUCUCUCCCUCUUAAUUUUUGAAGUUCGGGAAACAAAUCUGCUUGGUACAUUUCCUCUUCUCGUAUGUUCCACUUUUGCUGACGUACGUUAUUCACUUUGACAAGCCUUGUUUGCUGAUUUGGUAUUUUACUAGGACCGGCGCAGCGGUACAGAAUUAUCAUCAAGCCUCUUGUUGCCUGACUGACAGUUUCACACUACAGGGUCGACUACAGGGCCGAAACGUACUGUGCUGGCUUGAAUAUCGUAUUUUCUCAUUAUCCUUUACAGCACGGUUCCAGCUACUAUGGUGGAGUCGUAACGAGGCCAACCCAGUACUGUACAGCUCGGCUUGGUUCAGUUUGACCCUAUGGUGUGAAUCAGGCAUGUGAGAGACCCAAAAGGCCACACUAAAAUCUUCCCACUAACAUGCAUUACACUCUGCCUUGAUCCAUUCGCAUUGUUUGGACAAUCAGGAUGCGCUUCAGACGCCCUCAGAAAGGUCUUCAUACUCUGCUUUAACCAUCUGGACCUGUAUUCAAAGAGUCUCUGAGUACGGGUUUCCACUAGAUAGCCCAGCCACAAAGUCAUUAUUGGCUAUAUCGGGAAAAAAAUACAUGAAAACAAAAAUUUGCUUUUUGGUCUUAAUUCAAGGUUAGACAUAAGUCUUGCAGUGUGGUUACGGUUAGGUUUAAAAUCAGAUUUUUGGAAGAGAUGUAGAAAUAGGCUGGGUUUAUGACUUUGUGGCUGUGGUAACUAAUGACUACCCUGGGUAGGUGCUGAUAUCGGAUCAGUCAUGCCUUUCAGAGCAUAAUGGAUAAGAUUACAUGGACCUGAUCCCAGAUCAGCACUACUACUCAGACUUUUUGUGAAGAUAGGCCCUGGACAGUGCCAUGCUCUCGACUGUGUAACAAUAUCCAUCUGACCUCUAGCUCUUUCUUUGGAGGUCACCCACGAAUAGAUUGCUAAUGUUUCGUACUAGUGUACUUCCUAAUAUGCUGUGCGAUGGUAAUCGAUGUAUGAAAUACAUUUAUUUUUUGUGAACAGUAUUUUCUCUGCCUAUUAAAAUAUGUCUUCUGGCUA